AUGGUUCCUCUGCAUCUGUCACUACUCACGGUCACGGUGUUGACGCUUUGUUGCUUGUGCGUCAUGGCGCAGAAACCAGGCCAGGUUGACCCCUUGGUUGUCCCCCGGGCCCACCCACAGUGUUGGGAGUCGUCCUCCGCGCUGCUCUUAGAGAUGCGCUCCCCUCGCAUCGCAGACUCGGUGUCCGCGUUCUGGGACCUCAUGGUGUUUCUCAAAGCGUCUGACAAUGACAAACACACAGCGCUCUUCUGGGACCUCGCGGGACUUUUCUGGGACCUAUACCUGGACUGUGUGAUGUCCCGGAGCCACGGUCUGGGCCGUAGACACGUGACCUCUGUGCGCGCACUCGUUACAGACAAGAGGUUCAGCUUUGACAGUAUGGGGCUGAACUCCCUGGGGUGGCUCAGUGUCCGAGUGAGACACAGAGGACGAAUCCAGACUUUGGAGUCCAAACCUCAGCCGCAUGCACUUCUCCACUAA